GUAGUUUUUUUGUUUGUCUCAUAUUUCUUUGAAGCAGGCCAAUUGGCCAUAUUAUCUAAUUAAUUAAUACAAUAAUUAAAUACUUUAAAUACUAAAAAAAAAAGUUUCUUUUUUUUUUCUUUUGCAUUGUUGUUAAGUGUAUAGGGACCCCAUUUUCUUGAGUUGACAAGGUUUUGUUUCUGGGUCUGCUUUCAUCUUUUCAAAAGGAUUCAAUUUCUUGUUUCUCAAACACGUUUUCCAUACUAUAAAAUCAUUGUUUUUUUCUUUGUUCCUUCUUGUGUUUCUUCUUGUUCUUGUUCCUGAAAACUCUUUCAGUUUCUUGUGAUGUGGAGAGAUCCAGGAGUUUCAGCUGAUUCUUUCUAUGAAACCAAACCUGAUUGCACUGAUGUUCCCAUUACAAGAUUUAAGAUCAAGGCUGGUAAAACACUAAGUCCAAGAAAAUGGCAUGCUGCGUUGAGUCAAGAAGGGUAUCUGGAUAUAGGCAGGACUCUGAGACGAAUCUAUCGAGGGGGAGUCCAUCCAUCAAUUAGGGGAGAAGUUUGGGAAUUUCUACUUGGUUGCUACGAUCCCAAGAGUACAUUUGAUGAAAGAGAUCGGAUAAGACAACACCGAAGGAGACAAUAUGCUACAUGGAAAGAAGAAUGUCGCCAAUUGUUUCCUCUUGUUGGAAGUGGUAGAUUUAUCACAUCACCUGUAAUUACCGAUGAUGGCCAGCCAAUUCAAGACCCCAUGAUUAUUCCAGAAACAAAUCCAGCCAAUGGAUUGGCUGUACUUCCUCAAGAUAAUAAUAGGAUUUCAAGUAUAAAUUCCGCAAAUAUUUUAGAAAAUGUGGCAGACAAGAAACUAAUCCAGUGGAUGUUAACUCUCCAUCAAAUAGGUCUUGAUGUGGUUCGCACUGAUAGGACAUUGGUUUUUUAUGAGAAGCAAGAAAACUUGUCAAAAUUAUGGGAUAUUCUUGCGGUUUAUGCUUGGAUAGAUAAAGAAGUUGGGUACGGUCAAGGAAUGAGUGACCUAUGCUCUCCAAUGAUAAUUCUUCUUGAUGAUGAAGCAGACGCAUUUUGGUGCUUUGAACGCCUAAUGCGUAGAUAUCGAGGAAAUUUCAGAUGCAUUGGUCGCACUCUCGGGGUGGAGGCUCAACUAAGUAAUUUGGCUUCAAUUACUCAAGUAGUUGAUCCAAAGCUUCAUAAACAUAUAGAACAUAUUGGUGGAGGUGACUAUGUAUUUGCUUUUCGGAUGCUAAUGGUUCUGUUUCGUCGAGAAUUUUCCUUUUGUGAUUCAUUGUACCUAUGGGAGAUGAUGUGGGCACUAGAAUAUGAUCCUCACAUGUUCUUGAUGUAUGAAGAAGCUCAAUCAGUUUCUGAAAGAGCUGAGGGUUUCAAAGGAAAAGCAAAGUCAAUACGACAAUGUGGAAAAUACGAGAGACAAAAUAUGAGAAAUGGAGCAAAGGAUUCUGAAUCUCCUCUUCCUAUAUCUGUUUUCCUUGUUGCUAGUGUGUUGAAAGAUAAAAGUACAAAACUACUCGAUGAAGCGCGAGGCUUGGACGAUGUUGUCAAGAUAUUGAAUGACACAACAGGAAAUCUAGAUGCCAAAAAAGCUUGCAUGGAGGCUGUGAAGCUUCACAAAAAAUAUUUAAGAAAGGCCAAGAAAGCCUAAAACCAAAUAUAUCUGUUGAUUCUUUUCCCUUUGGGAUGAUUAAAUGAUGUGAUGCUUCUUGCAUGCUGUCAAUAUUAUUCCUUGGGAGACAAUAAUGGAGUUCAUCAAAUUUCGACUGUGAUUUGCAUAACUGAUUAAAGGAUCCAAGUUUUCAACCAUUAAUUAAAUUCCCUGAGGGGAAUUGUUGUUGUAUGUCAAAUUAAUUUCAUUUUUUUUUCUUCUUGUGUAUCCAAAAGAACAUGUAAAAUUGUGUAAGAUAAUAUAAUGUUGUACAAACUAUGUACUUUGUAACAUAUUUAUGUUGUAUUAUUACAAAAGGAGAAAACAUAAACCAGA